AUGUGCCCUGCAACAAAAUUUGCACGGUGGUUUAUUACAUCGUUUGCUUCCCAUUUCAACGCAGACACAAGCCUCAAGGGCAAAGGCCCGGCCCCGCCGCCUCAACCCCCGCCCGGCCGACCCGAGGGGCGCAGCCCGCCGGGCUCACCGGGCGCCCCGCCUCCCCAGCACGGCGUCCCCGAGGCCGGCGCGGAGGGCGAGGUGGCCGCGGCGGUCCAACGGCGGUUGCACCCGCGCCGCCCCAGGGCGCGGGCGGGCGUGCAGGCUCGAGGUGGGCGGCGACGGCGGCGACCUCCAUCUUCCGGCCCGGGUGCCCGCCGCCUCCUGCCUGCGCCUGUCAGGCCCGCGCGGCCCUCGAGGCCCCUCCCCGCCGAGGCCCUGAGGAAAGCCUCGAGAGCCUUCCAGAACCUUCCACGGCCUGAGGCGCCUGAGAUACGGACCAUCUCUGCCCGCGGGGUUCAGGGUCAUCCUGGGGCCAUCGAGAAAGAAGACGGAAUGUCCCGCCAGCCCCAAACCACACCGCUCAGCACCGCCACACCUCUCUCCCACCACCCAAGCCAGACAGGAGCGCUCAGUCCUGGCAAGAAGGAAGGAGACAAAGACCCAGAGGAAAAAAAUGGACCAGAGACAAGGCAGCAGAUGUCAGAAGACACACAACCACUAAAGAUACCCGAGGGGGAGAAAAAAGGAUCGCAUCACCCGUGAUCGCACACAAGUUAGAGUAACCACCUACCUCGGGGGCUUUUUAAAUCGUCCAAGAUGGAAAAGGAGGUCCACCCGGCCUUGCCCGGCCAGCAGGCAUGAGGACCUGAGCCGCCCUCCUGGAGGGCAAUUAGGUGACUUCUGUCCAGAGCCCUCGCGGGGCGGGGGGGGCUGCCCCCUGGGAAAAGUCCCAGCGAGCGUCAAGCCAUGGCCCUGACCGGAAGGAGGACGGUGCAGACACCAAAACCUCUGUCCCAGGAGAACAAGCCACAUGGGGAAAGGGCCAUGAUGGUGAAACACUGUUAAGCUUCAAACGGGUUACAAAUCAGCAGGCAAAACACCUCUGAUCGGGAAAAGAAAAGUGGAUGAGCACGUGCACACAGGCGCUCAGAUACACGCACGCACGCACGC